AUGGCGUGGAGACAGCAACAGAACUGGCAGGCAAGGCCAGUGGCUCAACAGGCAUGGCAGCAGAAAGCUGCAUGGCAGGGCAACAUUUCGCCAGCUGUACCUGCCAAUGCACCUGCCAAAGAAACCUAUGUGGUUUCUACAACUGGCAAAGAUAGCGAGGAAGUGGUGGUGAGAACUCUGGUAGGAGAGUACACGGAGUCGGCAUCCAACCAUGGCCGAAAAGUCUUCAAGAAGGUGGCUGAUGGCAGGGCUGAGACUGUGGACGUCUACAUGUACUACUGGGACAGCAGGGACGGGCCAUCCUUCGAAGGAUGGUGGUUCGGCAACAAGCUCGGCGGCACCCAGGUGUGGUCGCACAACGCGUCUUCCGGUCUGAGCCCUCCGCCGUCUGGAUGGAAGAUCCCGUGGGACGGCAACGUGCGCCCCACUUUGUCCGUAGCCAACAAGGCCGAGCAGGCCAAAACUGAAGCGCAGUCAAGACUGAAGAACAUGGGCUCCGAAGUGAAUACGGCUUCUACUGCUGCCAAAGGUGCGCUAGAGCAGGCGAAGGCGGCGGCAGGAGACUACACUUCCUCAGAAGGCCUCAAAGAGGCCGAGAAGCUCCUUCAGCCUCAGCUCACUGCGCUUGCAGAGGCCAUGAAGCAGCUCACAGAUGCCCAGCGAGCUGGCAGCAAUGCCGAGACCCAGAGGCAAGUCCAGCAGAUGAGGUCUGGCUUGCAGGCGUUGAUGAGUUCCAUCAACGUGGAGCUGGGGAAAGUCCGCAGCUCCAAGAUGAAGGCGGAACAGUCCGAAAAGCAGAAAGCUUUGGAAGAGCGCGACAUGGCCGUUUUCCAGGAGGUUCUGCCGGAGGCUGUUAGCAAGGCGAACGCAGCCGAGGACGCUGUGGAGAAGGCGGUCAUCACCUCCGAGAUGAUCGCGGCAGGGGGCGACGACUUGGACGAAGUGCGCCAGGCCGUCGGCGCCACCGAGCAGGCGGUACAGGAAGCACAGAAGGCCAUGGGCGAAGCCCGUAUCUUCCUGAACGCCAAGCAGGCGAGCGCUAGGCGCUAUGAAAGCGACAAGGUGAAAGCCAAGGCUGCGCAAGAGUUGGGCCAGCUGCAGGCCCAGCUUCAAGAGGCCCAGCAAAAGCUGAACCCGCUGAAGAACGUGCGGCAGGAGUUCGUUCAGAGAACCGCAGCGCAGAAGAUUAUGCAGGAGGUGCUCGAGAAGCUCUCACCCGCCGAGGUGGAUGUGGACCGGGCAGAGGAAGCCACCGAGAUGCUGAAGCACGAGGGCUUGUCCAAGGAGUUGAUGGUGCAAGCGCAACAAGCAGUGGCCAAGGCGGGCGACCACAUCGGCGCGGUCAUGCGCUUUAUCGAAACCAAGAAGAAAACCGCUGUAGGCCUAGCCAAAGAAGAGCUGUCCAAGAUGGAGGAGCGUGCCAGGCAAUCGGUGCAACGCCUGGCCGACCUGAAGAGCUCCCAGAAGGAAGCCUCCGAGCGCGUGGGCCUGGAGGUCUUGGUGAAGGAAGCCAGCGAGAAGCUGGCCACUGUGGCGGAGACCGUGUCCAAGGCCGCAGAUGCCGAAGGCCCCUUCCUCAUGGGCGUGGAGGAGCUCCCUCUUGAUGAGACGCUGGCGGCAGUGAAGGCCGUGGAGACAGCAUCCACCGCGGCCAACACUGCAGCCUCCAUCGCGCGCAUGUUCAUCGCGACGAAGCUAGUGGAGGCGAAGCGGUUCACGCCGGAGCUGGGGAAAGAAGCCCAGACGAAGCUGAAAGCCUUCCAGUCGGAUUUGGAGACCCACACCAAGAGGCUCAACGAGCUGAAGAAGUCCACCGCGGAACGGAAGAAGGCAGUGACGGUGAGAGAAGCCGAGCACGAGGUGAAGAAGGCGGAGGACCUGGCCAAGGAGGUGGCCAAGGCGGCGGAGCCCCUGGAGGACGAGAAGUUGGCCCAGCUCAGCUCCGAGGAGGUUCGUGCUGCUUCAGAAGCCACGAUCAAGGCCGAGCAGGCAGCAACCAAGCAUUUGGCAGAGACCAGGAAGUUUAUCACAACGAGGCAGAUCGAAGCCAAAGGAAGGGAAGCUUCGUCCGAGAUCAGUAGCGAGCUCAUCAAGUACGAGGCCAGAUUACGCGCUGUGGCGACGGAAAUUGGCAAGUACAAGAAGAUCUCCGCGUCGGUGGAGUCGCGGCUGGCGGCGAAGAAGGCCAUCGAAGACUGCUCCGCCAAGGUGAAGGCCGUGGAGCAGAAGUUCGAGCGGCUCACGGAGCUGUCGGAGGCCAUCGACGGGGAGAAGGACAAGGAGGAGGGCAAGGAGCCCGACAUCAGCAAGGACAGCAAGGAGAAGGUGCAGAAGGCCCUGAAGGAGGCGGAGGCCGCGGCCGCGGAGAUGCAGGCGGCCCUGAAAUCUGCCAUGCGCUUCACGGACAUGCAGAUCAAGAUCCAGCCGGCGGCUUCGAAGGAGGUGGAGAAGCUGAAGCCUCGCCUGGAGGAGCUCCAGCAGAGCUUGGACAAGACGGUGUCCGGCAUGCGCGAGCGCUCUGAGAAGGCCAUCGUGGACAGCAUUGUCAAGGACUCGGAACACCGCGUCAAGGAGGUGGAAGAGGCCAUGAAGAAGCUGGAAGAGGCAGAGAAGCCCUUCAAGGCGGAGCAGGAGAUCCCGGCAGAGCAGGUCUCCGAGUCGCUGUCCGCGUUGGAGGGGGCGGCGCAGGCGGCCACGCAGGCGCUGAGCGGCGCCAAGACCUUCGUUGGAGUGAAGAAGCUGGCGGCGCGGCGCCUGGCGGAGGCCCCAAAGAAGGCCGCCGAGGAGCAGCUGAACGUGGUGGUGACGCGCCUGGAUGAGCUGACGAAAACCCUGUCUGAGAGCAAGAAAGCCAUGAACGAGCAGAAGCAGGAUUUGGUGAAGAAGGAGGUUGAAGGAAAGGUCAUCGAGGCGGAGAAGAAGGUGCAGCUGGCGGAGGAGGCCACCGCGGAGCUGGCGAAGCUCAUCCAGUCCGAAGCCGAGGAGGAGAAGCCGGAAGGCGCGGCAGAGCUGCCGGCGGACCAGGUAAAGUCCAACUGCGAGAAGGUGGGAAGCGCCCAGCAGGAGGCCCGCACUUCGGUCACCUCCGCGCAGAAGCUGCUGCUGUCCAGGCAGCGCGAUGCCAAGAACGGCAGCGGGCCUCCGAACCUUUUGGAGGACAUCAACAAGCAGCUGGAGAACCUCACUAAGAUGCUGACCUCUCUGGAUAAGCAGAAGAGCACCCUGAGAGACCAGGAGCACAAGUACGUGGCCCAGAAGCUGCAGAAGGACGUCAUGACGUUGGCCGCGGCGGAGGAGGCGAAGCUGGCAAAGCUCUACCCCGUGGCCGAGGAGCUGGUCGCCUCCCUGGGAGGGGACCAGGCGAACCCCUUGGCGGCCAUGGAGUCCUGCCAGAAGGACUUGACCACCGCGCAGGAGUCUUUGGCCGAUACAAUGUCCAAGAUCAAGGAGAAGAUGGAGGGCAUCAAGGGCCAGACGCUGCCGAAGGGCGGGUACCUGGCGGAGGCGAGGAAUGGCCUGGUGAAGCUGAAGGUGAAGGUGGGCGCCAUGGAGAACAAGUGCAAGAAGCUGGUCUUGAGCCUCAAGAGCGCCCGAGAGGGCAUGACCGCGCAAGCCGAAGAAGCGCUGCUGACCGCAGUGCAGGUCUAUGCUCGACAGCAGGGCCUCACCGCAGAUGCGCUCUUCAAGCAGCUGAGCAACGGGGAGCCGGAGGUGAAGCAGGCGAACCUGAGAGCAUUUGUGGAGAAGAUCCCGGGAUCACCCGUCAAGGCGAGCCAGCUGGACUUGGCCUUGGACAAGUUUGCCUCGGGCAUGUCCAAGCUGAACGUCCUGGAGAUGGUGCAGGAGUUUAAGAGGUGCGUGAAAGAGGUCGCCCUGACGAACACGCUGGAAGUCAAGGACGGCAAGACAGUCCGAAAGCUUGGCCUGGGCGAGGUGCUGGAGGUCUUGGAAACCGGGCGCAAGGAUGAAGUCACCGGCCUCUCGCGGCUGCGAUGCCGUGCUUUGGUGGAUCUCAAGGAGGGCUGGGUCACCGUGGAGGGCAACGCGGGCAGCAGCUUCCUGGAGCCCUGCCGGAAGCCCUACUUCUGCUGCGAACACGAGAGUGUGCUGCAGCAAACCUUCGAGUCCAACAGUGCCACGCUAAAGACGCUGCAGGUGGGGGAGGUGCUGGAGUUGGCCGAAGGCCCUCGCAAGGAGAACCCGCCGGGAGUCAUGCGAGUGAAAGCCAAGACGCUCAAGGAUGGCAAAGUCGGCUUCCUGACUUGCAAAGAUGUUGCCAAGGAGUACUGGCGACCUGCGAAGGUGAUGGUGUGCAAGCAAAGCAUCGCUCUCACCACCGGCUUUGACAUUGCCGCCGGCAAGGCCGUGAGGAAGCUCGAGGUGGGCGAAGCUCUGGACAUCCUGGAGGGCCCUUCAGAGGACGCCGUGCGGAGUCUGAGCCGCGCCAAGGUGUUGGCCAAGAAGGAUGGCCAAGAAGGAUGGUUGACCAUCAAAGGCUUCUUGGAAGCACGUGGUCCUCUGAGUCAAGAGAGAUCCUUCUGA